AUGGUAAAGGACAUCCUGGGUGAAGAGGGAUUGCACUUUGAUGAGUUGAACAAGCUGUGGGUGUUGGACUCAGAGGUUACCCAGCAGACCAUAGAGCUCAAAGAAGAGUGUAAGAACUUUGUGGACAAAACUGGCCAGUUUCAGAAAACAGUUGGUGGUUUAAUUGAGCUUGUUGAUCAACUUGCAAAAUAA